AAUGAAUUCCAAUAAUUAGAUUGAAUUCUACUUGAAUUCAUAACAAGUGGAUUUUAUCUAAAUGAAACUCCCUUAGGGUUUCUCUUUACACUUGGCUAGUCUAAUACAUUAGAGAGAAUAGAGAAUUGUAAAUUUUGCUUCUAUCAUUUCAAGUCUAAAAAAGUUUCCAGGUUUGAUGCUACUUUUAAGACUCAUAAAUUAGAAUAGACAAGUCAAGAGGACUUAGCACCAAGAAGAGCAUAAAGAAUAUAACCAUAAUAAUAAAAGGAUAAAAAAGAGCCAGAUAAUAAAGCAUAAAAAAUUCUGCAGAAAUAAAAGCAUCAUUAAUAUAAUUAAUAAUAAUCUCAAUAAUAGCAACAAUAAUUAUAAUAAUAACAGCAUUAAAGUCCAUAAAUUGUGUAAUAAAUAGUAUUAUAUUAAGAUCCAAGUUGUAAAAACAAAUGACUUAAUAAGAGAAAUUAAACUUAGGUGAAAACAUUAAAUAAUUAAAAUUUGAAUAUUUGAGAGGAAUUUGGGAAAUAGUACAAGAAAGUGUUCAAGCAAAUGGAGAAGAUGAAGUAGAAUUUGAUAUUGAUGCUCUCCCUACUAAAACUGCUAGAAAAUUAGAAGCUUAUGUAACAAGUCGAUUGUAAAUAUUACUAUUAAUAAUUAAGAUAAGCAAAAAAACAAAAAAAUGAUGAUGAAGAAAAAUCCUUAGAUCCUGAUUCUUCAGAUUAAUGA